AUGGAGGCACCAAUUGAGAAGCCUCCCACAGAGCUUUGUGACGGCGACCAUGUUGGAGAUGUUGGAGACACGUUGCAUAUCAACAACCUGGCACUGCUCGAGGCUGGCUACAUGUCUGAGCUACACCGCAAUCGAUCUCUGUGGACCUUGUUGUUUCAAUCCUUGGCAAUAUCCGCUAUUCCUUUUGGAUUCGGCUCACCAUUAAUUAGUGCUAUUUAUGGCGGAGGUCAACUACCCAUGUUCCUUGGAUUGAUCAUCGUGCUCUUUACUCAACAAUGCGUGGCUAUUUCGCUUGUCGAGCUGAUUUCGCGGUAUGCAGUCUCUGGAGGUCCGUAUUUCUGGGCAUUCCAGCUCACUGACCCAAAAAGAAGAGUAAUAGUAGCAUUUUUCACUGGUUGGACGUGGCUGAUAGGCAACUGGACUAUCACACUCUCUGUCAAUUUUGGAUUUGCAUCGCUGAUCUCUGCGGCAAUCAGCCUGUACCUUCCGGAAUGGGCUGCUGAGCCCUGGCAACUGCUCUUAAUUCUUUAUGGUGUUUGUCUCGCAACUUUUCUCGCAUGCUCGUUCGGAAAUCGCUCCCUGCCAAUAGUCGAUGCCGUCUGUGCCGUAUUCACCAUCGCCACCAUCAUGAUUACGCUUAUCUGCCUAUCAACAAAAGCUAAGGCCGGUAGACACUCAAUUGGUGACACUUUGGGCUACUAUGACAAGACUUUGAGUGGUUGGGGAAGCUUUUCCUUCUGGAUUGGGAUUCUUCCGUUUUCCUCAAUUGGACUGAUAUCUUCCAUGGCGGAAGAGUGUGAUAAUCCGCACGUCAAACUUCCCAAAGCAUUAAGCCUCUCAAUACCGGUUGGUGGGCUUGCUGGUCUUUUAUUUAUACUCCCAAUAUGUGCCACCUUGCCUCCAUUAAACGACAUAAUUACAGGAAGCAAUGGUCAGGCUCUUCCUUACAUUUUUGGUGCCGUUAUGGGAUCACCAGGAGGCGGAAUGGUGCUGACAUUUUUUGUGCUCUGCAUUGCAUGCUUCUGUAGCAUCAGCGUUACUGUCGCUGCGAGUCGAUGCACCUGGGCGUUUGCUAGGGAUCAAGGGAUCCCGCUGUCAAGUGUGUGGGCAAAAGUCAAUAGGCAGCGCGAAACUCCUAUAUUGGCUAUCGGCCUUACUACCGUUGUUGAGAUGCUCUUAGGACUCAUCAAUAUUGUCAGUUCAUCAGCCUUCCUGGCCUUUGUAUCUGUCGAAGUUGUGUCUCUAGCAGUCUCUUAUGCAAUCCCCAUUGCAUUAUCCCUUUACUACAAACGGUCUGAGGUCAAUACUGCUGCUUGGACAUGUGGGAAAAGAUUUGGAUUAGUCCUCAACAUCAUUGCCCUCGCUUGGAUUGCUUUUCAGAUGAUACUUUUCAGUAUGCCAACAGUUUUGCCUGCUACUGAAGAGAGCAUGAACUACGCGAUUGUGGUGUUUUGUGGUUUCAUGGCCUUGAGUAUGCUCUACUAUGGGGUUUGUGGCAGGAAAACAUUCACUGGGCCACGAGCAGUGCUUAGCUGA